AUGUGCACCUAUGUGUGUCUGUAUGUGUGUCCCUAUGGAUAUCUGAAUGUGCGCCACUACGUGUGUCUAUGUGGGUGCCCCUACGUGUAUCUGUAUAUGUGCCCCUACGUGUGUCUGUAUGUGUGCCCCUAUGUGUGUCUGUGUGUGGCCCCCAUGUGUGUCUGUAUGUGGCCCCAUGUGUGUGUGUAUGUAUGCCCCUACGUGUGUCUGUAUGUGCACCCCUACCUUCGUCUGUAUGUGUGGCCCAAUGUGUGUCUGUUCAUGUGCCCAUAUAUGUGUCUGUUUGUGUGCCCCUAUGGAUGUCUGAAUGUGUGUCUCUAUGAGUGUCUGUAUAUGUGCCCCUACGUGUGUCUCUAUGUGUACCCCUAUGUGUGUCUUCAUGUGUGCCCCUACCUGUGUCUGUACAUGUGCCCUUAUGUGUGUCUGAAUGUGUGCCCCUAUGGAUGUCUGUAUGUGGCCCCAUGUGUGUCUAUGUGUGCCCCUACCUGUGUCUGUAUGUGUACCUGUAAGUGUGUCUGUAUAUGUGCCCCUUUGUGCGUGUUUUUGUGCCCCUAUGGAUGUCUGAAUGUGUGUCUCUACGUGUGCCUGUUUGUGUGCCAUUACGUGUGUCUGUAUGUGUGUCCCUAUGUGUCUGUUCAUGUGCCCAUUUGUGUGUCUGUUUGUGUGCCCCUAUGGAUGUCUGAAAGUGUGCCCCCAUGUGUGUCUGUAUAUGUGCCCUGCCCCUACCUGUAUCUGUAUGUGUACCCCUAA